AUGACGAUAGCAAACAUUGAUUCCAUAUCUCAGCAACAAUCACCGCCGCUAUAUUCAGAACGCGACGAUAAUAUCAACAAUAAUUCAUUCGUCGUCAUCCCACCAGUUGCCGUAAUUCAUAUCUCUGAUUCGCAUGAACAUUCACCUGCAAAUUCAAUUAUUACCUCUGAAUAUCCACCUUCCUAUUCUGCCGUUUUUAAAGAUUCACCUCCAAACUAUUCUGCCACGAAUUCAACGAUUGAUCCAUCCUUGAUUAUAGAACCGUUUCAACAACAACGGUGGUCAAAGAUCAAACGAAUUUACGUAUGCGGCUUUCUCUUUUGGCCCUUUUGGAUUGUUGGUUCUUUCUAUAUAUUUUCAAGUAAUUUGGAUGAUAGGAGUUGGGCGAGAAAAUGUUUAUUCAACUCCAUUAUUUUUUCCUCGAUGUUUUCUUAUGUAAUUGUAACUGUGGUUAAAAUGAAUAGUGAAUAA